AAACGUUUGUAUCAUUGCAUUUUUUUUUUCUUUCUUAUUCUAUAUCGCCCACUCAUAUUCUCUUUACCUUACACAUUUGACUUCUUCCGAGCUUACAUUGAGCAGACUUCUCUUAGCUAGUGGGGAAGAUUAAUAAUAUACAACUAUAUAAUAAACCCGUAUUAUCACCAGUAACAUCUUCAUCACCACCAUCAUCAGAAACUACAAGAACAGGACAAUAAGAUUAAGUAAAAAAAAAAAUAAGGAAAACAACCAACACUUUUUCCUGAUUACUUUUGAGAAAAAUUAAAAAUGCCAACCAAAAUUGUAAUUAGUUCCUCAAAUUCCCGAUGGAUCAAUAUUGCCUUAGCUUUCCUUUUACUAGGUCUGCUUCUGUUCAUCAUUGGUUUUUCAACCUCACACUGGGUGGUUUACGGCCAACAGCAUACCGGUCUUUGGGAAAAAUUUUUCUGCACUCGCCAAGUGUGUUAUGAAGUCAGCGCCGUCAGUCGACACAAUGCAGACUGGUUCAAGGCUUGUCAGGCUCUGGAAAUUCUAGGACUAAUUGCUCUGUUACUUGCUUUCAUCAUUCUGUUUUUGUACAUGUUUGUGGAAACCUGCCGAGGACGCAAUGCACUCCUGGCUAUCAUGAUUUGUACAUUUGCUGGAGUUGCAUUUAUUAUCAUCGGUGUAAUCAUAUUUAAUACGAAGAAAGGCAGCAGCUUGUACGAAAUCGGUUGGUCCAUGGGAUUAGCCAUAGCGGGAGCAGUCUUCGCUUUUAUUGCUGGAGUGAUGGUUGUCCUGGGCUAUCUUGGCAAGUAAGCCCUACGAUCUCAUUUGGAGGGAUGUUGCAGAUCACUGAAACGCCAUUUAAUUCCGACUUCACAUCUGAACGUUGACAGUAACAUGUGAGCUAAGAAAAAAAAAAACAAAAACAAAAAACAAAA